AGAGACGGGCAGAAGUUGCGGACAGUGGGACGCCUCAGUGCUCGAACUCCCGUUUUUUGGAGGUUAUUCAACUCUUCUUUUAGCGGGAUGUGUUUAAUGAGCACAUCUGAGUAGUGUCCAGGAGGCUUAUUUUGAAGACUCCCGUAUUUCUUUUCAGCGGAAGGCCCAGGGAGGAAUCAGCAAUGCUGUGGAAGGUGCUGUUUCUGUCCCUCCUGCAGGGACUGCUCAUUCAUGGCCAACUUUAUGGACCUCGACCCUUGCCACCAUGCAGCAAAAAGCCUGAGUGUCCAAUUGACUUGUACUUUGUAAUUGACACAUCUGAGACAAUUGCACUUCAGCAGUCCCCGCCUGGCAGCCUGGUUGACAGCAUCGUGCAGUUCACAGAGCAGUUUGCCCUCAGGCUGCGCGAGGGAGAUUUUAGGGGUAAAAUCUCCUGGUCCCUGGGUGGUCUGCACUUCUCCCAGCGACAGGUGGUCUUCAGCAGGCUCAGCUCCAGGGACGAGUUCAUCAAGGGCCUGAAAACAAUCCGCUACCUGGGCAAGGGCACCUUCAUUGACUGCGCCCUUACCAACAUGACCCAAGAGAUGAUUCACUACACCAACAAUCCCGAGGCCAUCCGGUUUGCUGUUGUAAUUACUGAUGGCCACGUAACUGGGAACCCUUGUGGGGGAAUCAAGGUGUCGGCUGAGCGGGCAAGGGACGAAGGGAUAAAGGUGUUUGCGGUGGCAGCGACCAAUAAUUUAUACGAGCCAGGGCUGAGGGAGAUUGCCAACUCCCCAGCUGACCUCUACCGUGAUGCCUUCAUGGCUGUGGACCUGAGUGGAGCGUCACCGAUGAUCAUGACCUCAACCAUUGAGCGCAUCAUCAAAACCAUGACCCAUCUAGCCUAUCAAGAGUGUUACAAGCUGACGUGUUUAGAAACCGUUGGUCCACCUGGCCCAAAAGGCCACAGGGGGCACAAGGGGGCAAAAGGUGACAACGGAGGUCCUGGCCCCAAAGGUGAACGUGGACGGCAGGGAGAUCCUGGAAUUGAAGGUCCCAUUGGUCAUCCUGGUUCAAAAGGUGAACCAGGCUUUAAAGGUGAAAAGGGUGAAAUUGGAUCUGAAGGAAAAAAGGGUGUGGCCGGGCUGGCAGGACGAAAUGGAACUGAUGGACAAAAGGGUAAAAUUGGACGUAUCGGAGCUCCAGGCUGUAAAGGUGAUCCGGGUGAUAAGGGACCUGAUGGCUAUCCGGGAGAUGUGGGUGAAGGAGCACUGCCUGGAAAACCUGGAGAGAAGGGAGAUCCUGGUCGCCCUGGGAGAUCUGGCCCCCCUGGCCCGCCUGGACAAGCUGGACCUAAGGGGGAAAGAGGAGGUGCUGGGUCACCUGGAACACCUGGACAAAAGGGCCCCGCAGGUGAAAACGGAGGACCUGGACCAAAAGGCGAACCUGGGAGACCAGGUAACUUUGGACCAAAGGGAAAGCAGGGGCCAAAUGGUGCAAAUGGAGAUAAGGGUGAAGCAGGGUCUGAGGGCCAGAGGGGACCUCCUGGUGUAGUUGGAGGUACAGGGGCCAAGGGAGACAACGGGCUGCCAGGACCACGUGGUCCUCCUGGAGUACCGGGGGAGCCAGGGAAAAACGGUUCUCGUGGAGACGCUGGUGAUGCUGGACAAAGAGGGGAACCUGGCCCACCUGGGCCCCAGGGUGAUAAAGGAAGAAGUGGAUUCAGCUAUCCAGGACCAAGAGGACCCACGGGAGACCGGGGGGGUAAAGGGAUUCCUGGACCACGAGGUAGCAGGGGUGACUGUGGGCAGAAAGGAGACCCUGGCCUCAAAGGAGUUUCUGGCGAACCAGGUGAGCCGGGACCUGCAGGUGAGCCUGGACUAAGAGGCCCCAGAGGAGAUCCAGCAGGAGAGGGUGGUCCUGGACCAGAAGGUGACCCUGGCCUCACUGAAUGUGAUGUGAUGAACUACAUCAGAGAAACAUGUGGUUGCUGCGACUGUGAGAAGCGCUGUGGCGCUUUGGACAUCGUCUUUGUGAUUGACAGCUCUGAGAGUGUGGGUCUGACAAACUUCACUCUGGAGAAGAACUUCAUCAUCAGCACCAUCAACCGGAUGGGCUCCAUGGCAAAGGACCCCAGUUCUGAAACAGGUACACGUGUGGGUGUGGUGCAGUACAGUCACAGCGGAACCUUCCAGGCCAUCAGGCUCAACGACUCAAGGAUCGACUCUCUGGCUGCCUUCAAAGACGCUGUGAAGAAACUGGAGUGGAUCGCAGGAGGAACCUGGACCCCAUCUGCUCUGAAGUUUGCCUAUGACAACCUCAUCCGGGACAGCCGUCGCUCCAAGUCUAAAGUGACCGUGGUGGUAAUCACAGACGGUCGCUUCGACCCACGCGACGACGACAAAUUGCUCACGUACCUCUGCAACGACGACUCCAUCGACGUAAGCGCAAUCGGCAUCGGCGACAUGCUGCAACAGGAGAGCGAGAGGGAGAGCCUCAAUUCCAUCGUCUGCCAGAAGGACGACCGCGUCUUGCCCAUGCGUCGCUUCGCCGAUCUGGUGGCCGAGGAGUUUAUUGACAAGAUCGAGCACGUGCUCUGCCCUGACCCUGUGAUAGUGUGUCCUGACCUCCCUUGCAAGACCGAUGUGGAGGCCCCUUGGAAUGGGUACCCCUUGUUUGAAGCCCUGGCAGAGGAGGGCAUCAACACGCCUGUCCCCAGCUCUAUCCCAGGCGUGUCAAACUUGCUCAACUCCCUGAAGGAUGAGCAGCUCCCCGAAAUCUACGGAAAGGCCGUAGCCACACUGGCCUACACCGCGCAGCGAGCCAAGUUUGCUAUCGGACAGGAGAGGCAGCAGUGGACAGACCUAUUCAUUGACUCAUUCAGAGUGGUGUACGGCGACAUCAUGGGGGAUCCUAACAAGGCCCUGGGGUUGUGUUAGCCCCGCAAAGCCCUAGCUACGAAUGAAAAUGGCUCUUCUCUCAAUCCGUGGUGAAGCGCACCAACAUAUCUCUGGAGCUUAACGUUUCAAAUCUUUCAAGUGCUCUAUACAUUUAAUGUAACCAAACAGGCUUGAAAUCUCAUAGUAUCUCAAUCUUUCAAAAUAAAAACAGCCGUGUCUUUCAGAAGGAGCAAUUAUAUUUCGCUUUCUAAGGCUUGCAGCACAGGUACUGGUUAUUAUACAUGAUACAUUAUAUGAUACAUAGGCCGAUAGUUCCCAGUGAUUGGAGGGUUUCAUAAAUACUAUGGGAAUAUAACAUUGGGAAUAGCAUAUUUCAACACCUAAAUUCUGUACAGUGAUUCUGAUUCCAGUGAAAAUGUAGCUGUGAAUCAAAACUUUUUAUUCGUGUAUAUUAGGUUUUGAUAUGCAUGUGGUAAAAAGUUGCAAAUAACCUCUUUUAAGCAUAAUAUUCCAUCAUUUAAACAGUGGCUGGACUAUGGAGCACUGGUUUGUCAAAGCCACACGGGAAAGUUUUGCUUUUUUGCACAUACUUUUAAUAUCCUGAGGUGUCAAUGUUUUAUAGAAGAGAAGGAGCAGUAGAAAAAACUGGAUCAAUGCAGUGGAUUUGGUCUCAUGGGGUCAGUUUCCUUAUGCUAUUCUGUGAGUAGCUCUGGGUAACACGAGAGGAUUUAUUUUCAUGUAUAAAAUAUUCAGGUAGCACUUGAGAAUUGCUCUUGGCGUAUUAUGUUUGUUGUAAUGGAUUCCUCCUAAUAAAUGACAGUUUCUGUUAAAUUUUGGUCCAAAAAAAAUUGCAAUGAUUUCCAUGCAUGUAUGAUUAGAUUCUAAAGUGUUACAAAACAUUAUUUUUGUCAUCUUGCACUUUAAGGGAUUAAUAUAUGAAAAUCAUCAAAUCAGAGUAAAUAUGUCUUGCUGAUUAUGAUAGAUAAUAAAAUACUGAAUGUGUGCUAUCAAAUGAGUUUGUAAUUACAGACAAACAGUUAAGUUUGUGUUAUUUUUAAUGUCCAUGACUGCAAUAAGUAUUUAGCCCCAGGGGAUUUAUCAAAUUUAUGAGGGAGGAUUUGUAUCAUUUGAUUUGGCUGUGUAAAUAAAUGUUGAUGAAUGAUGAACCAAUUUAAUCCUUAAAUCUCUUGUCUAUUUAAUGCCAGUACUUCAAUAAAUGUUGUGAAACUGA